CUUCACCCUUUAUCUAAUCUAUGUCUUCACCACAAGGCAUAAAAUCAUAAGCUAUAUAAAUUCGAUUUGAAAUUCAAAUUUUGAAUCCUUCAAAUUGAAUAUUCGUUUAGUCAGAGCGUUUAGUGUUGUUUACUAACAAAAUGGAAAAUAAACAAAAAAGGGGACCUAAAGCCUCAGAGAAGGAGAGACAAUUAAUGUUGGAGUUGGUGGAAAUGCAUAAAGCUGUUUUGGAAAAUAAAUGUACAGAUGCGACUAACAAUAAAAAAAAACAAAAGGCUUGGGAGAACAUUGAAUGCUUGUACAAUAAAAAUACUGAUGGACCAAAGAAAACCAGACAUCAGUUAAAAAUUCUGUAUUUAAAUUACAAAAGAAAUAACAGAAGAAAUAUGGCUGGGAUAAAUAAGGAAGACUAUAUACAAAAAACAGAGACAACAGAUUACAAAAUACAUACUCCUAUAUUGUCCGAAGAAGAGGCGAGGAUACUUGCUCUUUUAAAAGAGGAGAUAACACCUGACCAAAAUACCUUUGACGAUAGUGCAAAAUGGUUUGGACCAGAAAAAGUAUAUGAAUCCCCACAAUGUUCCUCAUCCCCUCAACCUGGUUGUUCUUACCAACAAGACCCUCCUGCACACGGUCUAGGCCGUGAUACUGCUCCUGCUUCUGCUCCUGCUCCUAGAACCACAAUUCGAAAAAAAAGGAAAACUGUUUUAAAAAAAACAAAAAUGAAUCCAUACAAAAAACUUAUUAUUUCGAAAAUCUGCCUGGUCAGACUACAAAGGCGUCUGGCCAUUAAGGAGGAUAAUAGAAAAGAGGCUGAACAUGCUUUAAAAAUAAAAAUCCUCCAGGCAGAAUUAAAGAAACUAGAAAAUUGAAAUAAAUAUUUUAAAAUACAAUUUUG